ACGUGGCGCUACGGUUUUCUGCUCAAGGAUACGCGAAAAUCCGCUGGAGGAGAAAAACGCCGCGCGUGGUACCCGCAAAACAACAACAGCAAAAAAAAAAAAAAUAAGCACAACUGAUUCGCUCGAGUGUACUUGUGUGAAACUGAGUGUGUGUGUGUGUGUGUGUGCGGGAGUAUCUGUGUGAGUGGAUCGUUUAAUUUUAUUAGCGCGCCGCGAUGCGUCAUGAAAAUUGCAGGCAAAACACAAAUACAAUAAAUGAAAAAUUAAAUAUUAAUUAAAUUUUGCAUACGAAUCGAGCGGCGAAUGCUGCGAUUCCGCUGAUUGAAAUGUUAAAUAGAUAUUAAAAAUUGAUGGUGUAUUUCGGCCGCCCAGUCAGUCCUUUUGCCGGAUAAGUCAGACUGAGCCGUACAUACAAAUAUAUAGAUAUAUAUAAAGAAGUAUACUGGCAUCUUGGCCAUCGGGUGUGCGUGUAUAUGACUUUAUUAAAAUUGUAAAUCCCCCAACUCGCGCGUGUUCUUACACAUUGUUUGUGGACUUUGCCACCGCUCCAGAUUUCCUUCCCAUUUGCUGUUGCACUUAUCGCGAUUACCGCACGGAGCGCUCUACCUUCCACCUACAACCACAACUGCGACUACAACUGCGAAGGCAAAUGCAAAUGCCACGGCACGUCCUCGAAAAAAAAAAUUGAAAUCGAAAAAACCAUGCAACAAUUGAAGGGCAUCGCACACCUCAGUGCCACACAGCGGCAGCAACAUCAACAGCAGCAACAGCAGCGCAAAAGUUAUGCCACGGGCAAAAACUGAAAAUGAAACAACUUAAUUAGUAGUUGCAGGAGUCGAGAGCAAAAAGCCGCGCACUCCCUGAAUUCCGAAUCGGACCAGCUCAGCCCUUGGAAGUGGAUGUGGGACUGCAAGUAGAAGCUAGCACUACACAAUUUCGGGGAAUUUUUCGGCGGAGGAGCAGCCAGCUCCGGUUAAUGUGUUCGCGUGUGAGUGAGAGUGGCUGCACUUUUUCGAGAAAAUUAAAUUGAAAACAACAGCAGAAGAAGGGCGAGUAAACACUCUGAAAUACGAGACGAGCCUGCCUAUAAAUUGUUACACUUUACACAAUGGAUUUGCCAGCGAAAAGGACUUCCACAAUGCCCCUAACGACUUCCUACAACGCCAGCAUCAGACGAAGCUGCCUGGCUUUAUUCGCGGUCUUCCUGUUCGCGGCACACAUCAGCAUAACUUCCGGUCAAAUCGAUUGGGACGACGACGAUGAUCCAGUUUCAACAGUGGCCGUAGAGGCCGUCCUGGGACGCACCGCAUCCUUGCCGUGCGACAUCGAGCCGGAGGCGAAGGACGAUCGGGUGUACAUGGUGCUGUGGUUCCGUGAGAGCGCCGGCAAGCCACUUUACAGCUUCGACGUCCGAGGACGACCCUUCGAGAAGGCCCUGUACUGGUCGGAUACCAACUCAUUUGGGCCACGUGCGUAUUUCGUUACCGGACAACAGCCGGCCAAGUUAUCGGUGGACAACAUUCAGCUGGAUGACGAGGGCGUUUACCGCUGCCGCGUCGACUUUCAGAACUCGCCCACGCGUAAUCAUAGAAUUAACUUAACGGUUAUUGUUCCUCCGCAUCAAAUACUCGUGUACGAUGCCUCCGGUCGCGAUGUUGCUGGAGCUGUGGGUCCAUUGCUCGAAGGCGAUAAUAUUGUGUUGACAUGUGAAGUGCGUGGCGGUCGACCCGAGCCAACGGUGACCUGGCUGAACGGGACGCGCACCCUGGAGGCGGGCAGUGGGGUGUCCAUGGGCCGGCAUGUGACCGUCAACCGCCUGGAGGUGGCCCAAAUCUCGCGCUCCGCCCUGAACAACACGUACCGCUGUCAGGCUUCCAACACGAAGCUGGUGGCGCCCGUGGAGCGCAGCAUCCGCAUCGAAAUGUUACUCAAACCCACAUCAGUCAAUUUAACCAAUAAGUUGAAGGUCUUCGCCUCGAACACGCAGUACAAUCUCACCUGCAUUGUGGCCGGUUCGGUGCCGGACACGGAAAUCAAAUGGACGCAGAAUAAUCGGCCCUUCAAACGUGGCCUGCUGUCAACGAGCCAGGCCAAUGGCAGAGUCAUAUCCACAUUGACAUUUUAUCCACAGCCCGAGGACGACGGCACGAUGCUCAAGUGCGAGGGCUCCAACCCACGGCUACAGAACUCGGCCAUCGAGGACUCGCUCAUGAUGAAUGUCAUCUAUCCGCCUCAAGUCACCUUGUCGCUGGGCUCCACACUGCGUCCGGAUGACAUCAAGGAGGGCGACGACGUCUACUUCGAGUGCCACAUCAAGUCCAAUCCCAAGGAGCAUCGCAUAAUGUGGUCGCAUGACGGCCAACCGGUCACCCAGAAUGUGUCCUGGGGCAUCAUAAUCUCAACUCGCUCCCUGGUUCUCCAGCGAGUGGGUCGCGUCCACUCCGGCUUCUAUGCCUGUUCGGCGGCCAAUGACCGUGGGGAAACCCAGUCAGCUCCGGUCAACUUGAGAAUACGAUAUGCGCCCGUCUGCAGCAGCAGCACCAUCACCGUGAUUGGGGCCUCCUUGGAGGAGGCCGUGCCCAUUCCCUGCCGCGUCAACUCGGACCCGCCCGAAAUCGACUUCGAGUGGACCUUCUCCUCCAGCGGCGAGCACUUCGAGGUGCCCUCGGGCCACUACGCCACCAUCCAGGACCCCACCAUGACCACCACCAGCGAUGUGAGGCGCACCGUCGUCGAGUCCAACGAGACGCACUUCGAGAGCUAUGUGGAAACCGUCAGCGAACUGAUCUACACGCCCAAAGGAGAGCGGGACUACGGAACAUUGGCCUGUUACGGCCGGAAUGCCAUCGGCAAACAGUCGGAGCCGUGUGUUUUUCAAGUGGUGCCAGCUGCCAAGCCGGGGGCACUGCGAAACUGUACACUCCGGCCGUAUGUGGUGACCUCCGCCUCGCUGAACUCAUCGAAUCAGACGACAAUGCAUGCCAAUCAAAUGCUGCCCACACAAUACGGCAGACACGAGUCGAAUUACCCGCAUAUGGAGUACGUACGUGAGCGCCAUAACAGCAGUGGCAGCAACAACAAUGCCAGUGCCACUGCCCGGAACAAUGCGGCCAAUAAAAAUAUGAGGGGCAGAACGAGUGCUGGCCAGGCCAAAUCUAAUAAUAAGCAGCUCAAUCAGCAGCAGUUGCAGCGCCUCAAGAAGCGGACAUCAUUCACACCGUCGCAGACAUUGGCAGCCAUCGAGAGGCAGCGCCAGAAAAAGCAGCAACAGCAGCAACAGCAGCAACAGCAGCAACAUCAGCAGGCACAGCAGCAACACCAAGCCACUGCUGGCAAGUCCAGUGGCGAUAGCAAGCCUGAUGGAUCGCCGGUCAAGUCGCCAAAGCAGCGAAUGCGGCGUGCCAGCCAAAUCCCGCAGAGACAGCAGCAACAUCAGCUGGAUGCAGCCAGUAACAGUGGAAGUGGCAGUGGCAAUGGCAGUGGCAGCCAGUCCCGGCUUGCAGCAUCAAUAACAAGCCAGCGAAAGCCGGCAGAAUCAAAUUUAUCAAUGUCACAUGUAGGCAAAGGCAACAGCAGCAGCAACAUCAACAGAAAGAGUAACAGUAACAAUGGCAAACUGCCAGCAAAGUAUUUUAAUAAGCGACAGAAAAACAUGCACAAACAGAAGAAACGGCAGCAGCAGCAGCAGCACAAGAAAACAAACGAGUACAACAGCAAUAUAAUCCAUCAUUAUGCAACUUCGAGGAGAAGAAAACGGCUGGCACCAAAUGACAUCUUAGCAACUGUGGCGGCAGCAGCCACAUCGGCAUCAUCAUUAUCAUCCUCCUCGGCCACCUCAAUGGCAGCCGGCUCAACGGCCACGGCGGCGGUGGAAAUCGAGCAGGAUGUUGCUGCUGCUGCUGCUGCUUCUGCUCCUGCUCCUGCCAGCAGCAGCAAUAGCAACAAGCGAGCUCGCAAAUCCCUAACCAUUCUUGACAAACAGCAGAAGCAGCAGCAACAGUUGCUGCCGCCGAAUGCCCCGCAAAUCAGCAACCAGCCAGUAGCAGCAAUUAGCGGCAACAAUGUCAAGGAAGCAGCAGCAACAUCAGCACAAGCUGCAGCUGCAACAGGAGUCAAGGACAAGGCGUCGACCAAGGAGGACUCAACUAAUGACGACGGAGACGAAGACGACGACGACGAUGAUGAUGAUGAUGAUGAUGAGGCAGAGAUGGAUGCUGAAGCUGAGACUAAUGGCGACGAGGAGGAGGAGGAGGAGCAGGAAGCAGGGACAGGUGCCCACGAUGACGAAGCAGACCUGGAUGAAGACGUUGCCCAGGUGCCCCCCGAUGCCGACUACUUGGCCGACGGACCUGGCGACCUGGCGGAGUACGAGACCGUGGAGGAGGUGGACGGCCAGCCGAAGCAAGUGCCCAUGCUGUCGUUGGAAGAACAACUGGAUCUGGAGUCGCUGGAGGACAAUGUCGAGGAGGAGGAGGCCGGCGAUGACGAUGACAAUGGCAAUGGCAAUGGCGAGGUCGAUGAUAUGUACAAUGUUAGCGAUGAUGACUUUGUGGCCAGCGUGGCCCUCUCCACAUCCGACACCACAUCUCAGGGCGUCGUUCAGAGGACAACGGAAGGCCCUCGCACCAAGGAUAAGGAUAAGGAUAGGUCCACACCGACCACUGCGUCCGCUGCUGAAUGGCAGCUACCUCAUUUCGAUUACUCACGCAUGGAGUACAGUUUCAGUAACGGAGUCGUCACUCAGAGCUUGCUGGGUGGAUCGGGAGCGGGGGCGGGGGGCGUGGCCGUGGCCGGGUCUGGGUCCGGACACGACGGCUUUGUGGGCGGCGGAACCAUUAAUUUCGACAACUACGACAACAUCAUCUACUCCACCAUGGAGCUGGAGUGCAUGCCGGGCUACGAUGGCGGACUGCAGCAGCAGUUCUUCCUGGAGGCCUACGAUUCCAAGACCAAGAAACUGCGGCUCAACAUGAGCAGCACCUAUAUGGAUGUGCCGGUCUUUCGGAUCGAUCUAUCAGAUCUAAUGCCCAUGGACUACUAUCCCGAUGCCCAUCCGGCCCUGCACUUGGUCGUCUACAGCGUCAAUCAGAAGGGCCGCUCCGAGCCGAUUGUUCUCGAGAAUGUGCCCAUCAAUGAGGCGGACAAACGCUCAGAUGGUCGCAUUGGCCUCUCGAUUUUGCCCCUGGCUGCUCUUCUUGCCGGCACAUUGUUCACCGUGGGCAUUGCCGUUCUUUCCGUGGUGGUCAUCGCCGUUCGCAGACGUCGUGGCCAAGGAGCUCGCAACAUGUGCGAUGACAAGGACAAGCACCUGGGCAUGGAUGUGACGGUGACGGCGCCACUGGAAACGGGAGCUGGCCAUCAGCGGCUGGUGGUGGCCUACACCCUGAAGCAGGGCAUCGAGAAGCAGCCGGACAUAUUGAGCGCCCAGAAGAGCGCCUCGACUGGCGGUGACGCCUCGUCGCCGCUGGGAAAUCGGCCGAGUGGUUUGUUCGCCGGCGGAGGUGGGGCAUGUGGUGCAUCCGCCGCUCCCAUGACCGGCAACGCUGGCAGCCACAAAGCCACGGACUAUGAUGCGAAUCCGCCGCACCUGAACAGCCCGCCUUCGCAGUCCAGCACGCUGAAGCUGGAGAGUGACCCGGCGGCGGCGGGUGGGGGUGGCACUAGUACCCGGGGCGGCAAUGGCCCACCGCUGCUCUACGACGCCAUGCCCACGCUGAGUCGCUACGAGCAGCUGGGCCUGAGCAUGGCCAGCUACGCCGCCGGAGCAGCGGGCACAGGGGGCACGGGGGGCAGCAGCAGCACGCUCAGCUCCGCCGGCAGCACGGUGAGCAGCGCCAUGGCCGCCAACGGAGCCGCCGGCGGAGGGGGCUAUGCCGCCCACCUGCACCACACGCUGCCCCACAACUUGGCCCCGCAGCGCGGCCACGAUCCGCUCAACCUGGCCGACUACCUGACUACCAGCAGCCUCAUAGACUACGGCCUCAACAAGCCGCCCGCCGCCCACAUGACCCUGCCCAAGGGCAUGGGCAUGGGCAUGGGAUUGGGCCUGGGGAUGGGCGUAAGCGUAGGUGUGGGAAUGGGUCCUGGAGCGAGUCUGGCCAUGGGCAUGGGAAUGGGAUCCGGAAUGGCCGCCGGCACGAGCCUGUCGCCGUCGCAGCUCAACACCAUCACGCACAAGUCGGCGGCAGGACGCAACCACAUCAUCACCGACACACUGCCCGGGCCGGAGAGCUGCGUCUAAGCACUGGGCCCCCCCAGCUCAUCCCUUCAUCCCUUCAUCCUGGCAACCCGACAUCCCCACAUCCCGACAUCCCGGCAUCCAACCAAAAGACUGGCGCACAGCAGUAGCCCCAAACAACACAGCCGAAUCAAGUGACAGCGAACUACUAACUAGUCAUGUGAAGCUGCGGUCAAAUCAGUGGCGGAGAGGGUUAAUAUUAAAUGUCACUUUACAAGUUAAAUUAAUCUAUUAUGAAAAGGCUUAAGCUUCUUGAAAUGUUCUAAAUUUGUUGGUAAUCUUAGGAGUGAAACUAUUUUAUUUUACUUGUUCAAUACCUUUAAUUUUUCACAAACGAAAUCCAAUUAAAAUAGUAUUAUCUAACCUUUUAAAACUAACAAAUGACAAUGUUUUAGAAAUUUAUAUAAAUUUAAUUUCCAAACGUAAUUACUAAUAAUUUAAUUUAAAAAAUUCUGAUUUAGAGCUCGACAUUUUUUAACUAUAACCAAAACUAAUGAGAGAAUGUUUUUAAAACUCUUUGAAUCAAUUUCCAAAACCAAACGCAAACUACUACUAAUUUGACCGCACCUGUAUGUGGAAAUCCUGUUCGGCGACGUCGCUUAGAAGUAAUUAUUAGACCUAGAGGAGUAGCUAAAGUACGAAUAUGUAUAUGUAAUGCGUGUGUCUGUGUCUCCGUUCGUUUGUAAAUGUUUAAGCUAAGUGUAUCCGUAGUUGUACUUGUAUACUAUAUACUUUGACUGGUGUAAAUCGGAGCCUGCUUCCAGCGCCUUGCAUCGAGUUCAGUUGUUAAUUUAAGGGGUCCUCCCCACUAGGUGAAACUAAUCUUCCAAGCCCGCGAACUCGCCAAUAUGCUGGGGGCAGAGCUUCGCCACAAAACUCGUUGUUAAAUCUUUUCGUCCCGGCUGAAAUGUGGAGAACAUAUCCCCGAAAACAUAUCCCUUCCUGCCCAGGCCGACAACCAAGCCGCAACUAUUUGAACUGCCAUCGCAGGCCGAGAUCAAAGACAGGCCGAACCGACAAAAAGGAAAAGUUAUAUUGGACACGUCUUGCGCCAUUGCGUGCCCAGUGCUGGUCAUUAUUUAACUUUUAAACACGCGCCAAAAAGAGCAGCAGAUUUGAAUUUAAUGGUCACAGCAGCCGCUCCCCGAUCCCCGCUCCCCACUCCACGCUCCUCCAUUUUCCCCACUGCCAUUAGCAGUGGCGGCAGCCAACAAGUGAGCAAUAAAGAAAAGUUUAGAAAAAUAUGCGACGGGCAGUCCGCAGUCCGUCCCCAUUCUCGAUUAUAAGCUCACGAGCGAUUGAAUGGGUAUGGAGCACAAUAAAAGUGGAGGAGCACAAGAACUGGGCACGGAUUUGUGCGCACGAUAGCGCAAAACGAUGACAAUAAAUGGAAAAGUUUUUAAUAAGCUAAUAAAAUGAUUUAUGCGGGUCGACCCGGAUGAAAGGCACGCAGCUAGCUCCAGCCAAUGGCGAUUUGAUGAGUCCGAUUUUGGUCACUUCCGACACCCCAUUGGCGGACAUUAGCCAGUUGGACCCGGACCUGAAGCACACAACGAAUGUAUUCUUAAAUAUUAUAGACGGGACUCCUUCGGGCAGUUCAAAUAGGGGCGAAACUCUUUCGAUUAUCGUACUGUUCAAUGGCAACUGUUAUCAAGGCAUUAGCAUAUCGGAAAUUCGUAUUCAGAGCAACCAGAAUAUUGUUCUAGAAACACUAUAUCAUAGACAAGGGCUAAGCGACUAUAAGUGUUCAAACGUUUGUCAUAUCAGUUGAGCGGUUCUUUUCUAUUCAUAUAUGUACGUCUUGGAUUUCUAACGAAUUCGGUAAUCGAAAACCAAAAAUAGUUAAGCUGAAAUCAUCAAUAGCGUUUAGUGAAAUCAAUGUAAUGUCAUAAUGUUUAAAUAUAAAAGUUAUAGCGCUCCAGGCAAACUGAUAGAGCAAAUCGUAAACUUCCUGCAAGUUUACCCAUAGACAAAGGUCCCCCGCUGUAGAUAUCCAAAAACGAGUGCGAGUAGUCAACAUUUUAAAAAGAACCCAAACCUGUAGCAUCAAGCCCUUAUGUCGAAUCAGCUAAAACUAUUUUAUGAGCCUCAAAGAGGCCAACGUUGUACAUAAAAAUAUAAAUAAAUAUAAAGGCAAGCCCCAAAAACAACCGACAUAUACACUUCAUUGUAACUAACUACAUAUGUAAAAAUGCUUAAAAUAUUUGUGAUAAAGUAAUAAUGUUAAUAAUAAGAA